UUUUCAUUUUAUUGAAAUUACAGAAGAAUAAAAUCAAAAGUUAGUAAUAUCUUUUCUUUUAUUGUACUUUAUUUUAAUUAUUAAUUUAUUGAUAUGACUUUUUCAUCCACAAACACUGUCAGCACCUCUAAGGGCCCUGAUCCUCAAGCAUCGAUUGCUGCUGAAAGAGCUGCUGCUAAAUUCAACCCAGAAGAAAUGCACUAUUUUUUGGAAGGUAGUAAGGAAAGAGCUGAGCUGAACAAGGACAUGAUCCAACAAAUGGAAAGAGAUCCAAUUCUUGCUGCUGACUCAAAGUAUUACGAUCUUACCAAAGAUGAACAACGUGAACUCACAGCUGUUAGAAUUAACAGAUUGGCUAGAUACAUAGAGACUGAAAACUUUGAAGAUUUCAACAGAAGAUUAUCUCUUGUUGGUGUUUUUGACCCACAAUUGUCUACCAGAGUUGGUGUCAACUUGGGUUUGUUCCUUUCUUGUAUCCGUGGUAACGGUACUUUUGAGCAAUUGAACUACUGGGCUUUGACCAAGGAAACUGCUUACCUUAAGGGACUUUACGGUUGUUUCGGUAUGACUGAAUUGGCUCAUGGUUCUAACGUUGCUGGUUUGGAAACAACUGCCACUUUUGAUGUUGAAACUGAUGAAUUUGUCAUCAACACUCCACACAUUGGUGCCACCAAGUGGUGGAUUGGUGGUGCUGCUCACUCUGCUACCCACUGUGCUGUCUACGCUAGACUUAUUGUCAAGGGUGAAGACUACGGUGUGAAGACCUUUGUUGUUCCAUUGAGAGACUCUAACCACGAAUUGAACCCAGGUGUGGUUGUAGGUGACAUUGGUGCUAAGAUGGGAAGAGACGGUAUUGAUAACGGCUGGAUCCAGUUUUCUAACGUCAGAGUCCCAAGAUUCUUCAUGUUGCAAAAGUUCUGUAAAGUCUCUAGAGAAGGUGAUGUCAUUCUUCCACCAUUGGAACAAUUGGCAUACUCUGCUCUUUUGGGUGGUAGAGUUAUGAUGGUAUUGGAUUCUUUCAGAACAUCUGCUAGAUUCUCCACUAUUGCAUUGAGAUAUGCUAUUGGUAGAAGACAAUUUAAGUCUGAAUCUGGAAAUGGUGACGGUUUGGAAACCCAAUUGUUGGAUUAUCCUUUGCAUCAACGUCGUUUAUUACCAUUCUUGGCUCUUUCUUAUGUUAUUUCAUCUGGUGCUCUUAAGCUUGAAAGAACCAUUGAAGAGACUCUUAACGAUUUGGAUUCUGCUGUUGAAGCCGAUGACAUGGGUGGUAUCAUGAAGUCCAUUGAAGCCAUGAAGUCUCUUUUCAUUGAUUCCGGUUCUUUGAAGUCUACUUGUACUUGGUUGACUGCCGAUGUUAUUGAUCAAACCAGACAAUCUUGUGGUGGUCACGGUUACUCUUCCUACAACGGGUUUGGUAAGGCUUACAACGAUUGGGUUGUUCAAUGUACUUGGGAAGGUGACAACAGUGUUUUGGCUUUAUCUAUUGGUAAGCCAAUUGUUAAGCACAUUCUUGCUGUUCUUGAACACGACAAGAAGGUUAAGGGUUCUGUUUCGUUCUUGAGUGACACUAAGCAAUUCUUGAACACUGAACCAGUCUUGAAGACCGAAGAUGACUUGAAGGACUUGCGUAAGGUUUUACGUGCCAUUGAAGUUGCCAUCAUUAGAAUUGGUGUCCAAGCCACCAAGGUCUUAAAGGCCAACAAUGGAUCCUUCGACUCUAUUGGUGCUGAAUCUCUUGCCAUUUCCAAGUUGAAGGCUCACCACUACUUGUUGGAAGAAUUCUUGAGAAGAAUCGAUGAAUUGGACAACCAAUCAUUGAAGCCAUUCUUGAUCACCAUGGGUCAAUUAUACACUGCAUCAAUUGUUUUGGACAAGUUUGCUGGUGAAUUCUUGACUUACUCUGUCUUGCCAACAGAACUUGCAUCUUACAACUCUGGUACCUACAUUCCAGAAUUAUGUAAGAAGGUUAGACCAGAUGUCGUCGCAUUGACUGACUCUUUCCAACAAUCUGACAUGAUGAUUAACUCUGCUAUUGGUAACUACGAUGGUAACAUUUAUGAAAACUACUUUAAGACUGUUAAGGAUAACAACCCACCAUUCAACACUAAGGCUCCAUACUCUGAAGCCUUGGAAGCUAUGUUGAACAGAGGAUCUAAGGAUGCUAGAGAAAGAUCUGAAAAGAGCGGUGAAGCUGCUAAGAUCUUGUCAAAGUAAAUUGAAAAGAAAAAAAUAAUGAGUUAAAUAGUUAAUAUUACAUCGAUAUGUUUUAAAAA